GGUCAAAGUUUAGAAAUAAACUGCACUUGCAGACAAAUAUAAUAUUUUAAGUGAAACUAGUAUUAAGUUCAGAAAUUGUAAGUUAAUUGAAUUAUUAUAAAAUAUUCUAGACAUACAAAUGUUUUAGAUAUUUUAAGAAAAUUCUGCAAAACAUUCAUUGAAACUAGAGAUUGGUACAACAAAUGAGUUUUGGUGAAAUUAUUUAUGAAUAUUUUUUUGAGUGUUAUAUUCUGAGGCAUAUUGAUGUCUAAAUCGGUGAAAACGACAGGAGACUGGAUGUCACUUUUUCUAGGAUCAAAAUCAAGCUCCAGAGAUACCCAGAAUACCAGUACCAGGUACUCAGGUAGGUACUCACCACCUGGUGACUACUCCGGAUCCAGGUAUUCGAGUAGAUACUCACCCACUGCAGACUUCUCGGGUAGCAGGUACUCCAGAGAUGCUGUUACUUCUCCAGUAGGAGACUUUAGCGGGAGAAGAAGUUUUAGAACCGAUCAACCUUCUCCUGGUCUUGAAUAUACUGGGAGUCGGUACUCCAGAGACGAAAUAUCAUCUCCUCCUCCAUACAGACGAACUCAAUCUUACACUGCCAGCUCCAGAUACCUUCCACAAUACACAUCCAGGUUAACAGAUGAGAGUUCAGUUUCAGAGAAACCAGAUUCAGGUUCAUAUCUAAGACGAGAGAAUGAAUCUGGAUCUUCUCUCCAGAAUGGGAAAGUACAAGAGUCUAAAAGUCGGAGUUCUGUCACAGUUCUCAAUGAAGGAACCAUUGUAAUAAGAAGAGAGGGAGGAGUAGAAGACUCGAGUGAUGAGGAUGAAGGGGAUGAGGAAGAGGAUUGUCCAGAGGAUGAAAAGCAACUUCCGUCUCCAGCUAGAGAUCCUCUAGAGAUGGAAGAGGAAGAAUUGCUGAUAAAACUUCAAACUGCUGGCUUUCUUCUUAGUUUACCAGAAGAAGAGCAGGCAAAGAGAAGAUUAGUUGAGAUCCGACAGAUAAGAGAGAACCCUGAUCUAUUUAAACCUGAGAACUCCCGAGACUGGAAGUUUAGCCUGAUAUCUCAGGACCUUGCUAAACCUAACACUGCCAGGGCAGAGGAGGAGAAAAUAUUACUUUUGAGGUUGUGUUCCCGCGGUAUCUCCGACGUGGAGCAGACGGAUAUCCAGGUUCGGUUGCAGGAGCUCUGGAGAGACCGGAGAGAGGAGGUUGAGCGAGGAGUUGGAAAGUUAGAGGAAGAAUAUGAACAUCAUCUGACGGAGUCAAGCACUGAGAUAUCGGAGCUAGAAGGAUCUAUUCGAGGGAAACAAGCUGCAAUAUCUAAACUACAGGAGGAGUUGUUGAUUCUCAGUAUCAGGAAAGAGAAGGUUGCUCAGGAUAUGGAGAAGGUUUCCGUGAAGCACCAGGAGAAGUUAAAGGAACUGCAGGAUGAGAUUGUAGGGUUGGAAACCCGGAGUUCAGAGUACAGUGUUGUAACCAAGAAGAGUAAGGAAGGAGAGAGUUCACUUCCUGAGGAUGAGAGAUCGGAGAUAGAAUCUGAGCUGGAGUGUCCGGUCUGUUUAGAAAUAUCUCGUCCCCCGAUAUACCAGUGUGGAGAAGGACAUAUAGUUUGCUCCACCUGUAAACCUUUACUGAAAACCUGUUGUCUCUGUGAGAGUAAGUACUCUGAGCCUCCCAUAAGAUGCAGGUUUGCAGAGAAACUUGCUGCUAAAUAUUUCAAAGAGGAUGGAGAUUAAACCCAAGAUUUAUACAAAUUAUGAUUAACCAUUAUACUCGAAUAAAAGGUAAAUACUAAACCUGGAAA